UAAGCUGAUUCUGGGUCAGGGGUCAACAUUGGCACAUGUUUACAGAGCUCGUUUACAAGGCAGAACGCGCACCGAUAAUCCCAACAAUAUUAACAACAUAAUCCCCUGGCAAGAAAAGUGAAUAUCAGUGGUAUUUUCAUCUGACGUCGACGCAUACGUGGACUGAGUCGGUACUGACAUCAACUGGGCCUACGCCUGGCCUUCACGUCGACUCCGGGCAACACUCGAGCUCGGCCCAAACCAUCCUGAUCCUGCUCAGGCCUUCCUUGCCGAUAAUUUACAGGAGUUCAGGAGUUUCCAACAACGAGUCCUCCUGGAUUUGUCUCAAGAAGCAACCAUUCCAGCCAGGGGGUAACCAGACUGGUCUUUUGAGGUGUCAAAUACACAGGCAGAUGUGGCAAAUUCGUGCAGUCUCUUGAGACAAGUGACAAGAUGGAGACCCCUGUGAGAGCAGCUGCUACUUUGCCCACCCAUGAAGAGAUGGCUGGCUUUUUGGAUGUUAUAAAUGGCCUUAUUGGAGAAUGUACUGCUAAGCAAAGUACUCAGAAUAGGCAUGAGAUAAGUUACAUCUUAAGCAGACUUGAAGCAGCAAUGAGAAAUCUUGCCCUGAUCAGUUCCGCAGUAUCGGCUACCAUGAGACAACCUUCUCCAUAUCAGUAUGAGUACUUGGAACAAGUUUUAAUAGCUUGCAGGGAUCUACAGGAUGAUAUAGAACAGAUGCAUACAUUUUAUGCCAAGAAAGGAGAGGAUGUUGACUCCUACAGGUACAGAGUUUCCCAGGACUACAGCAGGGGAAGACCACGGAAGCACAUAACUGAGCAACAGAUCUCAUACCUGCGUGAACUAGGGUUUACAUGGCUGAAGAUUGCUGAACUGUUAGGGGUCUCAUUCAGCACAUUGAAAAGGAGACAAAGGGAGUUUGCAUGGGUGGGACGAGACAACUAUACAGACAUCACCGAGGAAGACUUGGACCGGACUGUUGUUGGCCUGAAAAGACUAUUGCCCAACCAUGGAGAGAACUAUCUUUGGGGGUUACUGAAGUCUCAAGGAAUCUAUGUGACCAGGCAAAGACUUCGGGACUCCAUUCACAGGGUUGAUCCCAUCAACACAGCUUUGCGCUGGUUUUUGACAACUUCUCGUAGGUCAUAUUAUGUACCUUGUCCAAAUGCUCUCUGGCAUAUUGACAGCCAUAUGAAACUCAUAAGAUGGGGUUUUGUUUUCCAGGGGGGGAUUGAUGGGUAUUCAAGGACAAUUGUUUAUCUAGUAUGCAACACUAACAACAGAGCUGCAACAGUGUAUCAAGCCUUCCGUUCGGCAGUUGCCAAGUUUGGUGUUCCAGCUCGUGUCCGCUCCGACUAUGGGAUGGAGAAUACCAAAGUAGCUUUAUAUAUGCUUAUUAAGAGAGGUGUGGAGAAGAAUCCCUUCUUGACUGGGAAGUCGACACAUAACCAGCGUAUUGAGCGUCUGUGGCGUGAAGUGCAUCGGUGCAUAGUAGAAGUCUGGCGUGCAUUUUUCUACUACAUGGAGUUGGAAGAAAUGUUAGAUGUAUCGAAUCCCCUGCACCUGUUCUGUCUCCACUUUGUGUUCUGCCCCCGGAUCAACAAAACUGUCGAAGCAUUUGUUGAUGGCUUCAAUGCCCACAAAGUCCGAACUGCCCACAACUUGUCUCCACUUCAAAUGUGGGUUGAAGGUACUCUGAGACUAUGGAACUCAGGGAGAUCUGCCAUAAGGAGCAUUCUCCAAGAACCAGUUGAUGCCCAGACGUAUGGCAUUGACUGGGAAGGGCCUGUGCCGGAAUUGCAGGAUAACGCCAUUAUUGAUGUCCCUCAAGGUCUGCAUGUGUCAGAAGAGCAACAGAGAAUACUGAGAGCACAAAUUAAUCCUUUGGAUUUUGUUGAUGAUAUCUAUGACACUUCACAGUAUGUACGGGCUGUAUACAUCUUGUCCCACAUGAUGCAAUGAUGGUAGAAGCCAGGCAGGGAAUCGUUUGAAAUGAAAUACAUUAUAAUUAUUAUCUAUGCUAUGCUAUGUAUUGCUAUGUAAACAUUCUGAACUUUCAAAACAAAUGUGUAUUGUAUAUAAAUGUAUGUAAAUAAAUAGAUAAAUAAAAAUAAAUAUAUGAUGUGUAUGAAACUGUACAUAUUUUUCCUGGUCUAAAUCAGAGCGUGAUCUUAGUGUUAUUUGUUCCAUGAAACCUCAUGAACACUCUGCUAGCAAAAGUGUAUUGUAUUUGAUUAUCAUCAAAUUGCCCUACAUUAUUUUUGUUGUCUAAAUCAAAGUGUUCCUUGAGUGUCCUUUCUAAGAACAUCAAUAUUGCCAUCUUUGAAAUAGCCCCACUAACACACCACUACCAGUGAUGUGAUAAUAUUGAUUUAUUUUGCAAAUCAUGAGGAAAUCUAAAUCCUUCUGUUCUUACUGUUCUACAAAGACAAAGACAUUACUUAAAGGGAAGGGAAUUUUCUCCACACCCCUCAAUGUUUUUCUUUGUAUGUAAUAUAAACAUUUAAAACUAGGUAUAUGAUUGUUACAAAACAGUCCCAGAUUAUUCUGGUUUACAUCAAGGUGUAUUUUCAGUCAGCAUUCUUGGAGUGUCCUUUUGUAACAUCAAUGUUGUUAAUUGACAUAUCUUGCCAACUGUAGCUUUUGUUUUCAUGGACAUGUGACAUCAUUACAAUGCACAAGUAGAACUGUUUGUACUUCAGAUAUUCCACAUCUUAAUUGAGAGAGAGAUUACAUUACUUGUAUACCUUUAUAUUUGUGUUUGUCUCAUAAGUAGACCUGUUUACAUGUACAUGUAGUACAACUUACAAGUUCCAGUGCUACAUACAUUGUACCAAACAUACCUGCAUUACUAGUAUGUAGGCUUGCUGUUCAAUAAAUAUCAGGUAGGGAAGGAAAGAAGGAAAGAAGGGAAAGACAUAGAAAUUGAGUUUUCCAGGCUUGCCUUUUUGUAUCUUACUUAAUGUAAACCCUGUAAAAUUCCUUGCUUUAUAAAUUAUAUCAAUUCCAGUUGAAUUCCUAGUUUUCUUGGUCAAACAGAUGUGUGAAAGGUUUUUCAAAUGUGCUAUGAUUUUUUUGCCAUUGAAUAUAGGAUAUGCCAAGUAAAAAAUCCCAUUUUACUGUAUAUUGCACAAUUGGUUAUGUAUUUGCUGUGUAAAUAUUUACUUUACAAAGUGUCAUGUUGUUGCCAGGGUUAUUCUGACCAUUGUGACCCAGCAUUUCAGCAAAUAGAGCUAUCCGAGGCAAUAAUUGGCUAUAGUGCUAUUUGUCUAUAUAGCAUGAUUUUGUGUCAGUUUAUUGUUUAGCUUUGAUUGGCUAUUGUUAAUAUCCCAGCAUCAUGUCCCAAAGGAUGAUUAGCACAGUGCAUCAACAUGAGGUGGGGCGGACUUGAGAUGUAUUGAAAUGAAUGGAUGUCUGGAAUUUCUGUGUAUAGUGUAUAUAUAAAUAUUAUGAAUACCAUAAACUUGGUCUAACAUUUUAUGUCAUAUCAACAUUAAAGCCAAGAUGAAUGUUUUGUAACUUAA